AUGUGGCGAGUUAUCCUGUUCUUCAUCAUAGGUCCAAAUGUAGCUUUUUCUGAUCACUUCGAAGAGGAGUUACUUGUUAAAGAUUUCGGCAAUGGUUUUUCUGGACUCCAUUUUAAUCUUAUCUCUCGCAAAACCACGGACUACAAUUUUCACAUAUUUCCAAGGUCUCUGUAUGCUACGAUCUCAAAGUACGAUGUGGAUGAGUUCCACUUAUCGAUGGUGCAGGGAUUCUGGGAUCGACAAAAAUGGGGUCCGCCAUUUGCCUCUAUUGCACCUGGUGGUGCUGAGAUAUGGGCCUGGUUUUCUCCUUUUGUCCUGGAUGUCGACAAAUCUUGGUCCUAUUUUCUUGAAGCUCUUUCGGGCCAAUUUUGUGCUUCACUAAGUCAACUUGGGUUACCUCAAAACUACAUAUCACCAACAGUCUCUUAUCGUCCCUUGGGUCUCACCCGAAAGCUUACUUUUGACAAUGUUUCCAGGAUAUUUCGCUAUGCUCAGCUCCCUCGGGAAGAAGUUUGCACAGAAAAUCUAACGCCCUGGUCAAAAUUAUUGCCUUGUAAAAAACUAGGUGGUCUUGCUAGUAUGCUCAAGCCCAAAUCAGUUUUCAAGGCAACUUACACUGCCAUGUCUGUUGGUGUCCGGCGAGUGUGUUCAGAUUCACAAUGCAAACGCUUGUCGUUUGAGCUGAGGCAGUCCCUGACAUUUGUAUUUGAUCGGCACCAUUUAUACAAGUCAGUUCAGGAGCCUUGGUCACUGACUGGCCUUCUGGGUGAUCAACUUGAUAAGGCGUGCCAAGUCGCUCGUCGUAGUGAAAUUAUAAUUCUUCAUUCCCAGUCCCGUCUCAUACUGAAACCCCCCUCUAUACCGGCAUUGUUAUCGGGCUGGGACACUCACCGAGUCUUAGCAGUCUACUCACCUGCACAUGAAUUUGCCAACGAUCUCCUCAUAACCUCUGUUUCUCCCGUUAACACAUCACGUUUCUCAACUGAGACUGGUGGUGUAUCGGUCAUGAAAUAUACCACAGGAAGAGGAGAUGUUGAUGGUGGCGUGCGAAUUGAGCUCUGCAAUCAUUUGAGCCUUCCGAUGCGUGCCGUUUUACUUGAUUCCUCCCCUUGGUAUGCUGAAAUGUACUUCAGUAGUCUGUCCAUUGCUUACUCAUCUGGGAUAAGUGGCGCACUGAUCGACAUGGCACCAGAUAGGGUGGUAUUCCAGCCAAGUGUUCAGCUAGAGCAAAUGGCCUUUUUGGAGCUUCUGCUUACACUUCCCUCAAGCACUUGUGUCACCAUUUCGUAUGCUUUCAAGAAGAUUCUAAUGCAUUGGAACGAAUACCUCCCCGAUGCGAAUCAUGGUAUCUUCUUGCCAGCCGCCACUGUUAUUUACCAGCUCUCUCCCGACCAACUGGACCGACAACGGGCCGGCAGCAAUCCAAUUGCCUGGGAGUUAGCGUUGCCUAUGUGGGCCAGUACCUAUGCCGAAUAUCUUUCAUCCGCGAAUCGCACGGGAACCAUGCUGGGCGAUGGUUUCGUGCGCCUGUACUCCGAAACACCACUCGUUCGUCUUCCCGUGCCCGACUUUAGCAUGCCAUUCAACGCUCUGUGCUUGGUCUGUUCCGUAGUUGCUUUGCUCUUCGGCGGAGUGCAUAAACUCACUACCUCUGCCAUGGUUCCUGUGGCCGCUGAGGGCGACGAAGAAGUGGUAGAUAAACCGCCCAUCGCUCGGCUCUGCCAGAAGUUGAAAACAUUGCUUUGUUAUGUGCGUGGACAGGAGCACUCCAAAUCGGACUGA